UCACCCCCCCCCCCCCCCCCCCCCAAACACCCACUCUUUCUCCCUCUCUCUCUCUCUCUUCUAUCUGCUGGCCAUCUCGGCGCCUUUUCUCCGGCUCUGGCCUUGCAAAAGCGCUCAAGGCCCUCUCUGGGAACCGCGGCGCGGUGAUCCGAUGGCGCCCCAGGGCGGGGGCAGGUGAGAUAGGCGGAGCCCUGCCGGGGCGGACACGGAGGAAGGUGGCGUCCGCGCGAAUCGGCCGCCCGGGCCCUGUCCUCCCCAUCCACCCCCGGCUCGCCGGCGCCAGGGGAACAGAGGACGUAUGAGUCCCUUCGCGCCCCUAGAGCUGUCGGCGCCGCCGCCGCCCCAGAGACCCUGGGCCAGAAGGCCUCACAGGGGCGGGGCGGGGGGCGGCGACCCGGAGCCGCCUAGCUCCUGGCCCCCGGCGCCGACCCCUCGGUCUCCAGGCUCCGUCGCGCCCAAAGCCCCAGGUCCCUGCAGGCGAUGCAGACGCGCGGAGGACAGCGCGGAUCGGAAAGAGGGCGCCAAAGGCGACGCGCCGGCCGGCAACUCCAGUGCCAAGCCCAGUGAGUCUGCAAGAACCGGUCGCUUCACCGGGCGCGGGACGCAGAGCUGUGCGAGGAUCUCGUUCAGCGGGAACUCAACGCCAGGGCGCCGCCUAGAGGUCGGCCGCAGCCUCAGCCUCACCCGCCUGCAACCAGAGCCGCUUCCCCAGCGGAGGCCAGAAAAUGGGCGGGGGAUAUCCAGCCUGGGUCUCAGGCGCGGUUUGUGGCACCUCUAACUUAUCUGAGACUCCCUCCACCCUCAAUAAUGAACCCUAGGAAGUAAGACGAGCCAGGAAGGUAGAAACAUUUAUUCUCGAGACUCACUAAACGAAGGGGGUGUCAUUGUUACCCUCUUUGAGGA